AUGGAUGAUGUACAACAAAAACCGUUCUUACUGAGGAAGGGCAACUUGGUGACUUAUCGGGAUCUCCAAGAGGAGAACGAUGAAUUGCGUGCGAAUUGUCAAACAUUGAGUCGACUAGUAGAUGCUAUGCGUAUGGAAAUGGAGCAAGUUAAGCGAACCCAUGAAGUACUUCCAGAGCAAAUGCCGUCGGGGACUCAAGCUUGUUUGGCACAUUCAGUCAAAAGUAUAGAGCAUUUUGAGGAAAAGAGUGCUCUGGAUAACGGGUCCACAUAUGAACAGGAUGCAUCGGGUUGUACCUGCAAUAUUGGUAUGAAGUAUGUGUCGCUAUUCGAUGGGAUUGUCGAUGUUGAUAAGUCACUUGUGACUUGGUUGCGAGAUGUAGAGGUGCAAUGCAAGCAUCAGAAAAAUCGGAAUGCAAUGGCAGCGUCGCUUUUUGGGGACAAGAGGAUCAGUUGGAUGGUUCCACGGACUGACCGUACGAGGAGCAGGCCAUGUCCUUACCGGGUAAUGGUAAUGGGGAUUUGGAUGUUGCGAAACUGGUUGAGCAUCAAACUUGAAAAGAAAAAUGUUCGCCAGAUUGGACAGGAAGAGGACUACUGUUCGAUGGAUCACAUAGGAAAGUAUCCAUCGUACAUGUAUGCCGGGACUGUAGUUUUGGAGAAGGGCGAUUGUGUGGGCACCGAUUAA